AUGUGGUUCCGGGGCGUGUUGGCUCUCGCCCUGCCGGCCUUGGCAACGAUGCUUGCUGGCUGUGGCUGUGCACGAGAAUCCAUGGGCAAUUGCCACGUCGAGAAGAUCACCCAAUCGAACGACAUCUGCGGCCCGUCAGGCUACAGCAAAGUCAUGAGUGGCGACACAACUGUGGCAGACUGCUGCGCGGCGAUCAAAGCUAUUCAGGAUUGCUACACGGUUUGCUCCUGUGACACGGCAUGCGCAGAUCAAGACAAGGAGCUCUCCUGUCCAUUCACUGGGACAGUAAAGGAUCCCAUUGAUUUUUGGCAGGGCAUCAUUGAAUCCCUAAACAAAGACGGCGAGACCUGCGCCACGGCGGGCCUGACAGGCACGCAGUGCUGA